AUGGAGUUAAACAGUGUUAUGCGGGUGAUCAAGUGGCGGGUACAUACCAUAACGCAGUUUCGGGAGAGAGGGGUAGGCGGCGGUCAACCUGACCCACCGCCGCCGCCACGCGAGAAAUGCGGGCUCGGAGGCCCGGGCAAAUGGAUUGGAGGAAGGCAGAGAGAGGGGGAAGGGUGGCACCUGAUCGCAGAAGUGAUUCCUGCCCAAUCGGCCUCUCUAGGGCUGGCUGUGAUAGGCGGUGUAUGCGCCUUACCAACAAGAUUGACUGGUCGGCUUGAAAAUGACGACCGUGUUAAUCUGCGCCGAUCUCCCGCCUUGGAGAAGGAGGCUAGUGACGCAAGAUGGAGAGCAGUCUACUGCAAAGUCCAGACCGCAUCGAACCUCUGGUCGGGCCUAUCAGCCCAAAGACCAGGACGUGACUCUCCUCCGCAACUUGGGAAGCUUUGUUGGACCCUGGAAAGCCUUCGGAGGCCUGUCUGCGGUGCCCUACGGUCAGGCAGCAAUCUCGACCUGACAGUGAUUGUGAGGGAGACAGCGGCAUCCGAGGCCUACAAGAACCUUCGUCAGAAUCGGUGGGCCAGUAAGUCAGCCGCAUGUUCCCGGGAUUCCGUUUGUGGCCUGCGGAUGGGCGCGGGAAGCGACAUCUGCAGGACAGCUUUUCUGCAGGGCAUCGCAACUUUUUACUUUCUCAUGUCAGCUCAGCCAUUCCCUACAUACGCGAUUGUGGCCUCCCACUUCCCGCCUGCUCACACUUGCUCGCAGCUGCGAGAUGGGACCAAGCCCCUCCAGCUCGCAACAGAACCGGGUUGCCCCGCGAUCCCCGCCAGUCUUGGUCGCCAAAAAUCUAAGCCAGAAAUGUAUGAAUCCCAACAAUGGAUAGGCUGGUCGACUGCUUAG